UCUCCUCUCGCCCGCUCUCCCCUCUUCCCAUCUCUACUUCUCUCUUUCCAAUUUAUUGCUAUUCAUUAGUAUCCAUUUUUUUUUCCCUUUGCUUGCUGCUUUAAGCUUGUAGCUCACUUGACACUCGACUCUACUUCUACUACUACUAAACUUCAGUUCAACUCCUGAUAUGAUAUGCUUCGCGGAGGUUUUAGAUUGAACCCGUUUGUUGAUUAUCACUACUCUUUACUUAUUUUGAAGAAUGGAUUUUGGGAUGAUAACAACUGAAGGUGUAGGUGGGGAUGCUUCAUGCAAUGGUGCUGGUUCAGAGCCAUUUGGGAUCAGUCUAGAAAAGAGAGGAGGAUCUGGGGUGCUCAAAACUGAGAGAUCUGGUUCUAUUCAGGAGAGUUUGAGGGUGUCUAAAUCUGCUAGGGCUGGUGAAUUUUGCAUCUUUUCACAAGGCCAAAUUCCUGCUUUGCUGAGAUCUGGUUCAGGUCUCCCUGGGAAUAAUGGACAGACUAUGAUCAGUUUCUCAUCUCAGUCCCAAAUUCCUUAUUUUAGUGAUGAAGAUGCCUCCAAAACCUCAGCUUUUCCAUUCUUUAUCGCCCCACCAGACCCCCUUUGUCCAAGAACUUCAGGUUAUGCUACGGAAAAGUCGACUGAGGGCAUGCGUGGGCCAUUUGCUAAGUUCAGAGGCCCCUUCACUCCCUCUCAGUGGAUGGAGCUGGAGCAUCAGGCUUUGAUCUACAAAUACAUUAUUGCAAAUGUCCCAGUUCCUUCACACUUGCUCAUCCCUCUUAGAAAAUCUUUCAACCCAUGCGCCUUUUCCAGCUUGUCUUCUGGAUCCUAUGGCUCCAGUUCGUUGGGAUGGGGUUCUUUCCAUCUAGGUUUUGCUGGCAGCACUGAUCCCGAGCCUGGGAGGUGCCGUCGAACAGAUGGAAAGAAAUGGCGGUGCUCAAGAGAUGCUGUUCCUGACCAAAAAUACUGUGAAAGACACAUCAACAGAGGCCGCCAUCGUUCAAGAAAGCCUGUGGAAGGCCAGAAUGGCCAUGCUGUCUCUGGAUCCACUGCUUCAAAGGUGGCACCGAUUGCUUCAUCUUCAUCAGCAUCGGUGAUGUCCAGCAGCAGCGCCUCCAACAGCCUUGGUGCUGUACAGCACUCUUUUAAGAAUUUGCACACCCGUGCUGAUAAUGCUUCAACUGAACAUCUUGUGAGCAGGAUGCAAGAUCUUCAUGGCCUCUCCGCCGCAGGAGAUUCCAUCAACUUGAAAUCCAAAGACUCGCCAUUCUCCAUUCAAAAGCAGCAUGCCAUAUUCAGGGGAUUCUCUCAGACUGAAUUUGGAGUUGUCUCCCCUGAUUCCCUUCUUAAUCCUUCUCAAAGAUGCUCCAGGAUGAGUUCUAAAACCUCUGAUUCUCUAUUAGGCUUCAAUGACCAUGAGACACAGAACCAACAUCUGCUUCGGCAUUUUAUUGAUAAAUGUCCCAAGGAUCAAUCUCAUCGUGCCUCUAUUUCCUGGCCUGAAGAACUGAAAUCAGACUGGACACAGCUGUCGAUGUCGAUCCCCAUGUCUACCUCAGAUUUUUCUUCAUCUUCAAGAUCUCCUCGGCAGGAUAAACCAACUCUUUCUCCCCUAAGGUUAGCUCGUGAGAUUGACCCUAUCCAGAUGGGAUUGAGCGUGACUAAGGACGUCGUUGGGCAGAACCAAAAGCAGGCAAACUGGCUACCAGCUUCUUGGGGAAAUUCAAUUUUAGGUGGGCCGCUGGGAGAGGUUUUGAAUAGCACUUCUAGCAACGUAGGAGCUUUCAAGAGCUCAUCUACUCUGAACCUCAUGACAGACGUCUGGGAUAAUAGCCUUCAGAUGGGAUGCUCUCCUACUGGGGUGCUACAGAAGUCAACUUUCGUCUCUCUUUCAAAUAGCAGCUCGGGGAGUAGCCCAAGAACUGACAACAAGAAAGCUCCUGAAGGUGCGACCCUCUGCGAUGAUAUUCUUGGUUCAACUCUUGCACAUUCAACAUCUAUUCCAUCCAUGUGAUGCCCCCAUAAGAGUAGAUGGAGGUGGACUUCAGGAAGUUUGUUGUACUUCAUGUUGAUCAGAAAUUUAUCUUUUCUCCGCCCCCUUCUUUUUCCCUUUAUCAUGGUGUGCAAUUAAUUUGAAGCAGAGACUUGUUGCUCAUCUGAACCCAGUAUUCAAUUGUAGGCACCUGUAUUGUAUCAUCAACUGAUUACAUUCUGAUA